CUUCUCAUUUACAGUAAAAUCUGGAAUACUUGGAAAUGGUCUCUGCGAGGGAAAUUGAAUUUUCAGAUUAACUGCAUAAAAAUGGAAAGUCUGGUUGAAAAGCCUGCCUAAUUUUAUUUUGUUUUAGAGAGAUAACUGCUGUUAGCAUUUUAGAGGCAUUUCAUUUUAAUCUUACCUAGAGAGAGAAACAGAGAAGGAUUACACUGUAUGUUCAGCUGUGUCCGUUGCCUUUUUAAAAACAUAUUUAGCAUUUUGCCAUGAUUUUUAAACACUGCAUAAUAUUUAAGCCUAUAACUAUUCACAUUUUAUAAAUUUGAAACCAUUUUCAUAUUAUUAGUGAUCCAGAUUGCUUUGAAUGCUUUAAUAUUAUAACUCAUGUAGAGAACACUCCUGUGUAAUCCUGUUGCAUAUUUCUUAUUAAUUCUUAGCUUUCCUGGGUCAAAGCAUAUAAAUCAAUAGUUUAAAACUUUAUGUGUAUGUUGUCAAAUUGCUGCCCCCUAAGAAAAGCUAUGCCAGAUCAUUCUAUCAGGUGCCAUGUAUGAAGCUAUUCAUUUCUGCAUACUUGUCAGUUUGGAAUGUUGACAUGUCUUUUAGCAUUUUUGGUAAUUUGAUAAGUGAAAGGCGAGUCCCUGGUACCUUUGUGUUUCUUGGACUGGUGCCUGCUCCUCUGCCAGCCCCAGCACUGCCUGGGGCUCAGUCUGGGGUUGCCUCUCCCGUACCCUACCGUCUAGGGAAACUCAGCCACCACGCUCGCGGUUCAGAUUCCCUGUGCAGACUGAAGUGCUAACAGCAUUCCUCCUGCCCGGCCUCCCUGUGGAGUGUUGGGCCCAGCAGCAUGGACCCGGGUCCUCCUUCUGCAUCAGGAUAACGUACAAGAGUGAGCUCCACGCUGACAUCAUAUCAAAGCCUUUAAACAGCCUGGGUGUCUGAUAACAUGCGUGUGAUUUUUUAAAGUACAGAGGAGGAUCAGUGUCCCCUGAAUCAGUGGAAUGGCCUCCCCCCAACCCACCUCAUUCUCAUGCCCGGAAGCCAAGAGUCACCUUUGAGACCUUGACUUCUGCCCCUGCCCCCAACAUCCACCUGUCAGGGGUGCCUUCUGACUCCAUCUGGGUCCUGCCUCUUGGAGCUCCUGGCUUCUCUCAAGCUACUGGCACGUCCUUGUCUGCAGUUUCGGCUCAGGUUCCUGAAAGCACGGACGAAACAGACUCUCAGCCCCGACUGUUCGCCUCUUUCCAGUCCAAGCUCCAUGCUGUGCCAAACACGAUCACUUUAUAAAGCAAAUCUGAUUCUGAGACUAAAACCUGAGUUGCUCCUUGUGCUCCUAGGAUGAAGGGGACGGUCUGCAAGGAGCCCCCAGAGCACUGCAUGGCGUGGCUCUUCCCUCUGUUGCUACCUGACCCUGCUCCCCUCUCCUCUACCUCAGACCCUCCCCACUUCUUGGAAAGUACCAUGCUCUACUCCGUGCCCCUCUGCCCUGAGUCUCACCUCUCACCUCACCUGCCUAAGUGUUUCUCAGUGUUUGCGUCUCCACUAUAAUGCCACCUCCUCCAGCAAGCCUUCCUGGAACCCCAGCCUAGGGCAUGCUAUACACUACAUGUUCUCGUCUCUCUCUCGGCCAUCCUUGACUUUCUCCCUGGCUCUUCUCGCAAACGUCUUUAAAUCACCUGCCUAAUGAUUUAUUUAGUGCCUCUCUUCCCUGUUCUAUUGCAAACUGCCUGAGGGCAGGGGCCGAGUCAUCUUAGUGCCGUCCUGCCCUGGGUGCUCAAGGAAUUCUUGGCAAAUGAAUAAAUGUUAAAGUGUUCAAAUGUCUUCUCACCUUUUUAACAUUUUUUGAAUCGUAUAUUUACAAACAUUGCCCAUUUAGGGGUUGGAGGUUCUUGUUGAUUUAUGAGAACUUUAUCAGAAUAUUAACCCUCUGCUGUUCAUCUACGGCCAGUGUGAUUUCUUUGCAUAAGUCGUAUCUUGUGUUUCAUUUCUUGUAAUCACAUAACGAUAAUAGCUAACACUUGUAUGAUAAUUAGCAUGAGCAGGCAGAGUUUUAUGGCACUUUAUAUAGUUUUACCCUACACAGCCCUAGGGGGUAUAGAAAUUAUUAUUAUUGCCAUUCUGCACUCGAGGCAACUGGGUUCCAAGGGGGUUAAUAAAGUUGUCCAAAGUCACACAGCUAGUGUUAAAAGAAACGCGAUCCUCUACUCUUAAUCUUUAAACUACGCUACCUGUGAAGAAGUGUUUGGGGUUUUUCGUAAGUACAGAGGAGGUAAUGUUCAACUUGACUUUUGAAGGACAGGUGGGAGUCAACCAAGAAAGGGUGAGAGUGAGGAACCUUCUGGAAGGAAUCACACAUGGCCAGACAUGGGGCCAGGAGAGCGCUGAGCUUCGGAGCCGGGGGCAGGUGCACCCGGGCUCUCCCCGAGGCUCGCAAAGCUGAAGAGGGGCGAGAGCCAGGCCUUAAAAGAGUCUUUAUGCUUCUCGAAGGUGUUGAGGAUUUGUCUUGUCAGCACGGGGGCCCCUGGGGGACUCAUGAAAGGACGUAUUGUCUGAGCUGGUGCUCUCCUUCCCGGUAAGGGUCACGAUGAAACCGCGGUAGGACAAGGCUGCCUGUGGCUGAGUAGUACAUUAACUGUAAAAACCAGCCUCAUAAUUCUGAGAAGCGCUACCGUGAGGCUGUGAAGAGCAAGAAUUACGCAGUAGCAGAACCCCAUGGUAGCCAGGCGGGUGAAGGGGAGCGAAAACGUGCCUACCUGCCUUGAAGAAGACACCUUCUGACCUGCCGAGUGAGUGACCAGGUGGCCCCGGAGGCUGGCCAUGGACGCCAUGCCCGCCGCCACGCCCAGCGCGCCCCUGGUGAAGCACGCGGCCGCGGGGGCGGGACUCAAGGCCAGCCGGCCCCGCGUCAUGUCCAAGAGCGGGCACAGCAACGUGAGGAUCGACAAAGUCGACGGCAUUUACCUGCUCUACCUGCAGGACCUGUGGACGACCGUCAUCGACAUGAAGUGGAGGUACAAGCUCACCCUGUUUGCCGCCACUUUCGUGAUGACCUGGUUCCUUUUUGGGGUCAUCUACUAUGCCAUCGCGUUUAUCCACGGGGACCUGGAGCCCAGUGAGCUCGUUUCCAACCACACCCCGUGCAUCAUGAAGGUGGACUCUCUCACCGGGGCGUUCCUCUUCUCGCUGGAGUCGCAGACCACCAUCGGCUACGGCGUGCGCUCCAUCACCGAGGAGUGCCCGCAUGCCAUCUUCCUCCUGGUGGCCCAGCUGGUCAUCACCACCCUGAUCGAGAUCUUCAUCACGGGCACCUUCCUGGCCAAAAUCGCGAGGCCCAAAAAGCGGGCGGAGACCAUCAAGUUCAGCCACUGCGCCGUGAUCACCAAGCAGAACGGGAAGCUGUGCCUGGUGAUCCAGGUGGCCAACAUGCGGAAGAGCCUGCUGAUCCAGUGCCAGCUCUCGGGCAAGCUCCUGCAGACCCACGUCACCAAGGAGGGCGAGCGCAUCCUCCUCAACCAGGCCACCGUCAAGUUCCACGUGGACUCCUCCUCCGAGAGCCCCUUCCUCAUCUUGCCCAUGACCUUCUACCACGUGCUGGACGAGACCAGCCCCCUGCGGGACCUCACCCCCCAGAACCUCAAGGAGAAGGAGUUCGAGCUCGUGGUCCUCCUCAACGCCACCGUGGAAUCCACCAGCGCCGUUUGCCAGAGCCGGACGUCGUACAUCCCGGAGGAAAUCUACUGGGGCUUCGAGUUUGUGCCCGUGGUGUCCCUCUCCAAAAACGGGAAGUACGUGGCCGAUUUCAGUCAGUUUGAGCAGAUCCGGAGGAGCUCAGAUUGCACCUUUUACUGCGCCGAUUCGGAGAAGCAGAAACUGGAGGAGAAGUACAGGCAGGAGGAUCAGAGGGAAAGGGAAUUGAGGACACUUUUGUUACAACAGAGCAACGUCUGAUCACAGGGGUGUCACCUCAGUUUACCUCCACGAGCUGUUUCCACAUCAGAACUCCCUUCAAACACGAAGGUUGCUGUGAAAACAAAAAUGGGUAGAUACACUCUAAAAAAAAAGCUGCAGGAACAUACAAAAUCCAUCUCUUCCUUUGAUCUGGUGGCUCAACAAGCAUUCCACGUUUGAGAGGGUUUAAGUGCUUCAUCCGAAAUGAACUCUCAAAAUUCAAAUUUUCUGAAAUGGGGCUACAUUUCUAAGAACUUGGUAUAGGUCAAUUGGAAUAAUGUCCUGUUGGAUAAGCAGAUAUUUAGCAAUGCUGGUAUUGAAAGUAAAUGCAUUUCUAUACAAGAAUGUUAGCAAUAAUAUAAGGUAUUUAUUUAACCAAGUAUCAGUGGCAUUAUGGUGGGGGGUUGAAAUGUGGUUCAGUAUUCACUUAUGUCAUUGCUUUAUAAUAUUCUCCUUUUGUUCAAGCAGGGAAAAUUUUAUAUAUAAUGAUGGCUCUCUGGUUAUAUCUGUUUUACUUAUAAAACAUAGUAAUUCAAUUUUUGCAUUCAGUGGACUGAACUGUAUGAAAUGAAAUUGACCAAAUCAGUAAUUAACAGUUGUGGAAACAUAUGCAAAUGGAGCUGAUGCUAUUGUCCCCACUGAUUUUUUCUGUUGGUAUGCACCUGCCCUUUUCUGUUCAAACUGUGGCCCGUAGACUGGCAGCGUCAGUACCUUCUAAGAGUACAUCAGCAGUGUAGAUUCUCCAGUCCCAGGUGGACUUACAGCACCAGAACCUGUAUCUUAACAAGAACCCCAAGUGAUUCAUGUACAAAGCAAAGCUUGAAAAGCUCUGCUCUGGAUAUUUUCAAAGUAACAUUCUGAAGCCAUGUGGAGACCUGACUCUUGUGGGUGCCAUGUCCACAUGGCAUCCACACCUGUCCUGUCUUCAGUUCAUUAUGGGCCAAUAUUCCGUGCUGCCAUUUCAUUCCUUAUCUGUUAAAGUACCUUGCCCACAAAGGAACUCUGUAGAAUUAUCCAGUGACAUUCCAAGACCAAAAUAUAGCUCUUGAGAGUAUUGGUUGUCAAUUUCAGUUCGCAUUUUAAAAAAAUUAAGCUGUAUGACAAUAUAGGAACGUUCCUCAGAUGCUGAAGUGCGUAAGGUCAAUGGGGCACGAGGGACAAGAAACAAGAUGAUUCUGAGAUGCAUGAACAAAAUUUGAUAAUCUCAUAACCUUUAAAGAAUAGCCUCACUAUUUAAAUAAAACUCAUAUGAAGAGUAACACUUUGCCUCUGACAAAAUUUAGGGAUCUGGCACCCUGCAUUUCUUUGGUGCAGAAAAUAAAUGGGUUAGGAUUGGUAAAAUGUGCAAAGGUGGCUCCUCAUUUCAUUCAGACCAAGACAGAUUUGUGCAUUCACUCAAGCUGAACAUGACCAUGAAUGUGCAGACCCUGCAAACAUACACAGACAUACACACGAUCCCACAUGCACACUUGCGCACAUGUGCUGAUUCUUUAAGCAUAACUGUGGUAGUCACGUGAAAGAUGUUUGUGAUUAGGAGAGCAAGUCCUCCCCGAAUGGGCUCAUGUAUAUUGGUUCUACAAAAAUAUGAACAUUGGGACUAAGAGAAAAUGGAGAAAAUAAAUUGGAUUCAGGUCAUCAGUGAAAUGAUGAUAUAGAUUACAGCAAAUCCGUCCAUAUCUUGAUAUGACUGCAUUUGCAAAUGUCCUUCCGUUUAACAAAAACUUGUGGCUAAAACCUCUGUCCUGGAGCUAAACUAUUAAUAAUUUAUGGCAGAUGUAAGAAUAAUGGGGGUGAAGUUUGUACAGGCUUAACGAAUAAUCUCCAUCCACUCACAACGGGGAAGAUUUUGUCUUUCAUUAUUCAGGAGAUUUUUUUUUCUUUUUCUGUUGAUAUCUUUGUAGCAGGUUGUUUUAGAUCUCCAUUUUUAAAAUCCUACAUUACAUAUUUGUGUAGUUAGGUAUUAACGCUUUUAGUAAUUAUACUUGUUUUUUUUUAAAAAAUUGUAUAUUGUGGUAUAAUCAACAGGAAAAUGAUGCCACAGGCAUGUUUACAGCUUUUCUGUUGCACUAUUAAAUUCUUUUCACAGUAUUUACUUCAAUGCUAAUUUGAAUGUGAUGCAGAUUAGAAAUCUUGCUCCCUUACAUUGUAUAUGGUACAAUGAUGUAGCAUAAGAUUCAGAAUUUUUUUUGUUUGUUUAUUUAGCAUAUCAAUUUUAGCCAAAUUUGGAAGACUUGAUUAUCUGAUCUUUUGCACUACUCACAAAUAUGCAGAGUAUCUUAAAAACUAAUACAUGUACAAGUCAAUCAAUCAUAUAAAAAUUAAUCAAUAAAUAGCUCUAAAGUUGUGUCUGGUUUGAAACUUACCAUUUUCCAGGCACACUUGUAACUGUUAUUACGUGGUACAAAAUACUCUCAUGUUAAUAUGCUAACAAGGAAUUCAGGUAGCAAACGUAUUUGAUUAUAUCUGGUUAGUCAUUUGAUUGAAACAGAUUCAUGCUCAACAUCCAACUAAGAAGUAGCCAAACUCAUGAAGUAUUUUUGACCCAAAUAAGGCUUUCAGAUUUUGAAACAUUUCUGAUGCUAUAGGCCUUCUCAGUGAGACCAUUCAAAAAGGUUGUGUUCCGUUUGAGAAACCAUAAAGUCAACAACAGCAAAUCAGUGUCAUCUGCAAGACAUGUCUUGUUUCCAUAAUUAAACAGACGGUACUAACAUGGCCCCUUGCAGCCUGUGGCCCCGGACAGCAGAGCAAAGAGUCACUCAUUGGUCUUUACAGUGAACUUCGGGUUGGAGUUGAGUGGCACACAUUGGUUCCCUUUUUACCUAUAGGGAAAUUACAACACAGAGAAGAGUCUCUAGAAAUCUAAAAUAACUUGUUAAAAGGUGAAAUAUGUGUGAAUUAGUGAACCAGAUAAUUAGAUAAAUUUAAACAGCUAUUUUGCUUGAUUUUUAUUUGAAUUAAAUUUCGAAUUUUAAUUGUGAUUUCGAUAUAGUCAAAAUGUCAAUUAAGAUAUAUUUAAAAAGUGGAAUUUCUACUCUAGUGUGAAAGAAGUGGCAUUUCUACUUCAGUAGAAGUCUUUAUCUAUUGCUUGGUAUACAUGUAGCACCUGGACUAAGAAGAAAAGAGAAAAGAAAGGAAAAGAAAGUUCUAGAUCUUUGAGUUCGUGUCUCAGUGAAAGAUCAUCCUGGGGAUUGGUUCUUUAUGUUGUCACCAUCUGUCAAAGGGUCAGACAUUUGAACACGUGGUGUCAAGAAAACUCAGUCUCUCAAUCUUGGCUUUCAUUCUUGCUAGACUUUUCUUCACCUGUUAAAUUUUGAAACAACUAUUUUUGAAUGGAGGUUAUUUUAUCAUAGCUUUCCAUGAUGUGAUUUUUAAAAAAAACAUUGAAAGGUACUAGCAUUUCAAGUCUCUAUUUCCAAGUUCUGCAGUGAUUAUCAGACUCUGCAUAGGUUUAAGAUGCAUUUGAUUUCCUUCCCCUGGGAAGACGUACACUUGAAGGUCUAAAGCAGGGGCAGAAAACCUGUAGCCUUGGGGCCACAUGUGGCCUUCUGGGUCCUUGAGUGUGUCCUUUUGACUGAAUCCCAGUUUAACAGAACAUAUCCUUUCAAUAAAGGGAUUUGUUCUGUAAUGUUUAGAUUCAGUCGAGGGGCUGUACUUGGGCAUCCAGAGGGCCCCAGGUAGAUCCUAGAGCUUAGCAUUCACUUCUAUGUGACUGACUAUAUACAUUUUACUCUUCGUGACCUUCACUUUGCCUUUAAUUAGAAUGGCUUGCCAGCCAGUCCUCAGGCCUGUCAAUAGCAAUGGUUGAUUUUCUGCUCUUAGAAUGAAUAUGACUUUGGAGUAGUAAUCAGAGUCUCUAGAGUUAGAAUUUGCAGUGAGUGGGUAUGACUAGAAUUUAACUGGGAUUUUAGAGACUAAAGGAGGUACUUCUUAAGGUGUUAGUAUUUGUCUGUAAACUCUGUUUUUAUUGUUGUUGUUUAUUUUUGAAAGGACAAAGUCUUUAUCUUUGGAGUAAGGAAGGCAUUGAGAAAAGCACAAGAAAUGCAAGGUUAUAGUUGAACAACUAGACUUUCAGAGAAAGGGAUUUUAUCAGUGGAAAAGAACUUCGUGAGGGAAAAUCUGGCUAUUCAGUCUUAUGUUAUGAUAGACUGCAUUCUAUUCUUUUGGCUAAACUAAUGGAUUAAGUCCAACUUUUUCCUCAAAGUUUUUCCACUAAAUACUUAAUGGAAAAAGAAACAUGCGGCUAAAAUACAGCUUCAGCCAUUUCACUUCAUCCUCACUCUCUGUCUCUUGUUGCUCUCAGUUUCCUUCCAACUUCACAUGUGCUUGGCCGACUGUUUUUUCCUAUUUGCCAUUCGUUCUAUCAAGUCAAAUAGUUUGCUGUGUUAAAAAAUAAUCAAUCCGAAUUACUCAUGUGUGGGCCUGUAGAUAUCCAAAAAUUGAUGCCAAGAAUUUUUUUUUUCCUUUUUUGGUUUCAGAGUAUUACAGGGGUACAAAGACUUUGGUCACACAAAUUGCCUCUGUAUCACCCAAGUCAAAGCUACAAGCGUGCCCAUCCCUGAGAGAGCACACACCACACACUCAUUAGGUGUAAACUCACCUAUCACCUCCUCGCCUCUCCCACUUGCCCUACACCUGAUGAAUGUUACUUCCAUAUGUGCACAUAAGUGUUAAUUAAUUAGUACCAGUUUUAUGGUGAGUACA